CACAUUUUCAUUCUACAGGUAACGGAGUCAGACACAGAAGAUUUAGAAAUCAACCAUAACACAAUCCCAGUACUCUUUUUCCACUGCACUGAGAUACUGUUAACAAGGCAAGAUGUGUACUGGAAAAUGUUCCCGUUUUAUUGGACUCUCUCUCCUUCCUAUGGCUCUUCUCAACGUUAUUGCCAACGUCUUGUUGUUUUUUCCUAAUGGAAAGGCAUUGCCAACGAAUCAUAUCAGCCUUCAAGUCUGGCUGAUGGGAGGUAUUGUUGGAGGAGGCCUUUUUGUUUUGUGUCCUGCUUUUGCUGCUAUUCGAGCCGGUGGUAAAGGAUGCUGUGGGGAAGGAUGUUGUGGUAACCGUUGCAGAAUGUGCCGCUCAGUAAUUUCUUCUAUAUUUGGGGCAUUAGGCGGUUUCUACUGUCUGGUUGUGGCCUGUACAGCCCUAAAUGAUGGACCCUUGUGUGAAAGGAACAAUGAGUGGAAAUACUACUUCAAAGGUUUAAAUGAGAGUUAUCUAGUUAAACAAGAAACCUGGGAUACAUGUCUACCAGAAAAAAUAGUCCUUUGGAACAUUGUCCUUUUCUCCAUCCUCCUUGGUUUUGGAGCAUUGGAAUUUUUACUUUGUGCCAUCCAAAUCGUUAAUGGACUCAUGGGAAUGUUAUGUGGAGAUUGCAGAAAGAAGGGCAACCAUAGUGAUGAUUAAACCAUUUACAUUCUUCUGAAGUCUUCCGUUCUUUGCUGCAUCAUAUAUGACAUUCUUCGUCCAAAUGUGCCACAUCUGUGGAAUGAGCCAUCUUUAUUGUUAUGAUCAUCCUCUAGUGGUGGUAGAAGAGUAUUGCACACUUGUAUGAUAAUUGUAUUUUGGUAAAUAUAGGGAUAGUUGAAUGUCUAUAUUUUGUUAUUCAAAUAGAAGAUUGAAGAUUUCCCUUAAUAUUUGCUCUCUCAUUUGAAUAUUUCUAAAGAAUGAAUUUUAAUAUCAAAAUGUUUUGAGUAUAAAAUUUAAAUAUUACAUUUAAAUAUAGAUUCCAAAUGACAUACAUUUAAGUCUAAGAAUAUUAAAGUCUGAAUUUCUUUUCCAUCUAAAAUGUUUAGUGAAGGAAAAUAAAACAAAUUUGUACAAUA